GCUAACUUUGUGAUGUUUGGCUAAGGACAAGAGUCACUGGCUUGUAAGGCCACGCCCACUUCCUUUCUGAAAGUCGAAGGAGUGAAGAAGGAGCCUAAGUCCGCCUUUGUAGGGCUAGCAGCUACCACAGUGAUUCGUAGCGUUUUAUCGAAAGGGCUCAUUGAUUUACCAGAGGACCUCAUGGGUUUCACUUCCUUACUUCUGUUGAGCAGUCUUGGCCUUGCCAUCACUGCUCAAGCUCAAAACUGUUCCAAACCUGUGCCAGGACCAAAUAUGAACCUGAAGGGCAAUGACAUUCUUUUAGAAACGUUCCCAAAUGGGACUUCAGUUUCUUUUGUCUGUGGUGUUGGCUAUAUCACUGCUGGAGGGUCUCCAGUCAUUACUUGUACUUCUGGCAACUGGAGUCCCGUUAGGCUGAAAUGCAAGAGGAGGAACUGUGGCUCUUUUGGAGAUAUUCUAAAUGGAAACAUUGAGUACGAAGGCACGGACUUUGGAGAUAAACUCACGAUCCAAUGCAACACUGGUUACCGUUUGGUUGGUAGUAAUCAAAUCUUUUGUGGAGACAGCGGGUGGAUGGGCAGGAUGCCUACCUGUGAAGUGACAGCUUGUCUACCACCACCUAUGAUUGCAAAUGGCGGUUACAGUCCAAAAAAAGAAGAAUACUAUGAAUAUGGAGAAGUUGUACAGUACGCUUGUCAACAGGAUUAUACACUGAAGGGAUCAAAAUCAUCAACAUGUUCAGAAGAAGGAAAAUUCUCACCUGAUCCUCCAACAUGCAUUGAGGUUAUAUGUUCAGAUCCUGAUAUUAUAAAUGCUGACUGGACUGGGGGUUCGCGACCUCCUUAUAGACACACGUCUACGGUAACAUACACAUGCAGGUCUGGAUACACUAUGGUUGGACGUGGAACCCUGGUAUGUGACAUCAAUAGUAAAUGGUCACCUGGACUUCCAACAUGUGAAAAAAUUCAAGCCACAACUAAAGCUACUACAACCACCACCACUACCACCACCACUCCAACAGCUGCAACUAAAGCUACUACCACCACCACCACCACCACCACUACCACCACCACCACUCCUCCAAAGAAACCAACAGCUGCUCCUAACCCAAGUGACACACCUGACAGUGGAAAUAAUUUGCCUCAGACGUUGGGUAUUGUUCUUGGUGGUAAUCCUCGUUAUUGUCGCCCUUUGUUUGGGAGUCUAUUGCUUUGGAGUACCAGGAUGCAUCAAGAAAAAACGAGGCCCUCAGAGAAGCUAUCCUGGCAAUGAGGCUGCAAAAGAUGCAGAGGGGGUACCACUCUCGUAAGCAUCACUGUCCUGUUGUUCCAAUAUUGAUGGAUGUAAGAAGGACUUGAAGAGGAAUGCCACUGGACAAGUCUUGGAAUGUACUUGUGCCAUUCAUGUGCAUGUGGAUGGACAUAUGAAAUCCUGAAAAUUAGCUUCAGAAUGCCAGUUUGAGAUUCUGAAACUUGAGCAAUUUGAUCUCAAGCUUCAGCUUAUGAUUCCCAUGGCUCCCCUGAUUAGUUGACAGUAAUACACAUUUUGAAAGUUCACUCCCAACUACUUUUUUCAAUUCAGUGAUCUUUAGGCCCCCUUCUUUUACAACAUCAAAACAGUUUUUCUGUUCUUUAAUUAUGAAAGAAUCAGAUUUUGUUUAUCAGAGAAACUGCUGAUUCUAAAUUUUUGCACUGUAUCUCAGCACAGCUCACGCAGGCCAUUAUAGCUUCAGCUGCACCAAUGGCUUGCAAUAAGCAAAAUCAAGAAAGAUUGUUUGCAUUGUGGAUUAGAAAUACAGCAGUUGGGAUGGAAUAGUUUUUGUUUAAAACAAAAAAGUUUUAGUUUGAUGCGGGAUACACCUGUAAAUUUGGCAUCCACCAUUAGAGACAGUGGGAUCUGUAAAAGAGUCCCUAGCAUUGUGCCCUCGAAGAGAUUUGUUUCAUAUGCCUUAAUGCAAAUAGCUAAAUGUUUUAGCUUGUGUGUUUGCCUGUGAAUUGCAUAAAUGUUAAUCUACUUGUUGGGGUCAGUUAUUGAAGUAAAUAAUUAAACAUGUGUAAUGCUGGCACAUUGUUCUUUCUGCCCAGAAUCUUUGCCAAAUUCAAUUCAAUUUUUCCAGACAGAAAUAAAAAUCAGAAGUUUUUUUUUCUUUUAAAGUAUUUUUGUAGAUUACACUGGCACUCUUCCAAAGUGUCGGUGUAAGCUUAAUACUUGCUGACCCCACACUACUCUGAGAAUUACUCUGGGAGUACUUAAGAGUAUUAGACAUACGUGUUUGUCUCUAGUUACUCAAAGAUGUAUAGACUGUGAUCCCUAAAAAAAUUUGCACUCGUUUGGCUUUUUGUCAUUAUUUAUUAAAGUAAAAUUUGUGUCA